AUGUCUUCCGACGCGCCACCACAGCCCCAGGCCGCCGAGCCCCCCGCCCAGGCCGCCGCGACCGUGAGGAAGAACCGCUGGUCCUGGAAGGCCAAGCUCGAGGCGAGGAAGAUCCGCCGCGCCAUGGAGGCCCUCGCCUCGGAGAAGGACCUCUCGGCGGCCGACAAGCGCAAGCAGGCCGGCGAGCUCAGGGGCAGGAUGGCCGCCAUCGAGAGGCCCCCGCGCAACGACGGCAGGAAGUUCCCCGACCGCAAGGCCCAGCGCGAGAGCAGGAGGGCGCGCGCAAAGGCCCAGGCCGCGGCCAGGUCCCAGGCCGGCGCCAGCCAAGAGAACCCGGGCUCGUCGUCGUCGCUGCCGUCGUCGCAGACCCCCGGCGGAGCGCGGAGAGUGACGCGGUCGAUGACGACCGGCAAGCCUGCGUCCGCGUCUGGAGAGGCGGCCGAGAGCUCGCAGUCCAAGGACGGCAUGGUGGCCAAGGUGGCCCGGCGGCCGAAGAAUCCCUGA